UUUGAACUUAACUCACUGGCACCAUUCAAUGUGUUUCACUGCUUUCUCUCGGUGUGUGUGUGUGUAUACCAAAUUGUAUGCGUGUGUAUUGUUUGAGACAACGACGACAACAGAAACAUAAAAAUCUACAUGUACACAUUGACUCUUAUAUGUGUAAUAUCUCUCCAUACAUGAACGCUCUUUCGCUUUCGCGCUGGCUCUUUCAUCUUUUUUACCUUCUACAUUUUUCAAAAAAAAAUUGUUUUUUGUUCCUCUUGUACGGUUCGUGUCGCAUGUAAAGAGAAUGUUUGGUGCUUUGUAUCGUGUUUAUUUGUGGUAGAAAUCCACGGGAAUAAAAACUAAAUGCAAUCUAUAUUUUUGUGUGUCGCGAGUUUCGUGUAUUUUACCGUGUAACAAAUGAAAAUCAUUUUUUUAUGUUUUACAUUUGUACGAAUUUCGGACAAAUUCGACCGUCUUUUUUUAGCUCAAACAAGUAAAAGAAUAGUUUGCUCUUGUGAAUGAAAAAGCAAAUAGUGUGCGAGUUUUAAAGUGAAUUUUAUGAGACCGAAAAUGUGAAUAUCUAUAUAAGAUGCGAGAGAGUAAACAACGGCCAUCGACAAAACUAAUUGAAUGAAAUAUUUUCGAGAAACGAACAAAAGAGGAAGAGAGAGAGAGACAAAAAUGAAACGAAGCAAUUGAUUAAAUUUGUUUGGCUCUUGUGGAAGCAAUGAAAUAAAAAUGUUUUAGUUUUUCGAAAUCAAAAAUCGAACGAUUUCAGGAUGUGAAAUUUUUACAUGAAUUGAAAAAUGUUUUCAGUGCAUUCGAAAAAUUGAAAUGAACAUAAUCAAAAGGGAGAAUAAACUUCAUCCAAAAAUCGACAAUCAAAUCGAAACGAGGAAAAUAUUAUAAUACAGUGCAAAUGCCCGAGCAAAUGAUUUCGAGAUAAAAAAAAAAUAAUAAUAAUUUUUGGUGUAAGUGUGUGAUAUUAUUUUCACGUCGGAAAAAAAGGGAAAAAAAUAACUUACACCACACAAAAGUCCAAGCAAAAUAACAACAACAACAAUAAUAUAACGAAAUAUAACCGACCAAGUGAAGUUGAUAUUUCGAAACAAAAACAGAUCUGAACAGAACCCACAAGAUCUUGAUAAAUUUUUUCUGAUUUGCGGUUCAAUUUCGCAAUCCAAAGAAGAAAUAGUGAGCUACAACAAAAUAGACGGUGAUUUGAGAAAGAACGAAAAACCGAGAUAGAGAGCUGCGUAUCACAUACAUACCAUAAUUAUUAUGCAUAAAGAUGAAUAACGCGAUAAAAGAGGAAAGAAUCAAAAAAUAAUCUUCAUCACAACAACAUAGAGAACAAUCAACGUUUACAAAGCAGCAGCAACAGGAGCAGCGGAGGCGGUGAACAGCACCUGAAACAGAUAUUGAAGUGCUACAGCUUAGAUGAUAUGAAAAUGAAAUAUGUGUAUCAUCGACCGUUAAAAAAAUAACCACAACCACGAUUUAUAAAUGCGCUCAAAAUAGAGGGAAAAAUAUAAUAACAUUUGCAUAUUCAUCAUACGUCGAAUAAGAGAAGAACAUUUUAUCUCAUCGUUAUUCGUUCGUACAUUAAACAUUUACAUAUAUGUGUUCGGCGUUCUGAUAAAAAUCGAAGAAACCCAUUUCAAAAGUGGUUCGAUUUAAAUUUUGUAAACAGAAUUUUUAUUUUUCUCUUGUACACCUCAACCUCAACGAAGAAGAAAAAAAAACAUUCAUAAAAUACGACGAUUCAAUCGAUCUCAAAUUUAUAUUCGUAUAAAAAUCGACAUUUCCACCAUAGUGAAGCAUAAACACAUACAUAGUUGUACGCUCGCGCAAAUCGCAGGAUUGAAUUUCAGUGCGGUCUGAAUGGGUCAGAGUCAAAGUACAUGCAUUUUUAAUCAGAACAAAUAACCAGAAUAACAAAAAAAAAACACAUACAAACCGAGCGAUAGAUACAAUUUUUUGUUUCCUUUUUUUAACCUUUUAAAUAUUCUCGGUUGUUUUCUAUCAAUCUAAUAUAUCAAUUGUGUCAACCCAUUUUUUGUUGUUUAAAAAAAGUCGCAUACAUAACACAUAACGCAUAUUUCAAACGAUCGAAAAAUAAUAUACGCCAAGCGCAUAUGUUAUUCAUGCGGUUCGAAUUCAACGAGAUAAUCGAUAAUAAAAUCGAAAAUCGCUCAGCGUGUGAGGAGCAUCGACCGAUCGCAUUACGAUAAAAUAAUCCACACGAGAAAAAAAAGAGAGAAAACAAAUGUUUUUAUCUUUUUUGAACCCGAAAAUAAAAUACAUUCAACAAAAAUAUUAUUCAUAAUUUUCGGUUGGAAACGCGCGCGCAUUUUUCUGCGGCUGUCACCAAUCGUCAAAACAUCGGGAAAAAUAUACACGAAAAUUAACGUAGAAAAACAGAGAUAAAACAAAAAAGAAAAAAAAAACGUCAAACGAUUCACAGAGGAGAGACAAAGAAGCAACACAACAGCAACAACACCCAAUUUGUUCGGAAUUUUCGUUUAAUUUUUUUUGGGUUGUUGUAUGUUUUAAUACCGCGUAUUUGAGUGAGAAGAAACUUUGAUGAAAAGGCCAAAUCACGAACGCAAACAUCGACCGAAACAACAGCCACAUGCCGUUUUGCUCAUUAUUUUAAUGUCAUCUAUAUGUAAAUUACCGAAGAAAGUCAUAGACAUCAUCGCAGCCGGAAACUUAGCCACGGCAAUUUUAUCAACGUUGCUGCUUCACCUCCAGAACAUUUACCGUACAACCGAUACACGACAACGACUACAUCAUUACAACCAGUACAAUAACAACCAAAACCAAAAUAUCAACAGCAACCGAAAUAGCAACAGCCACAGCCAAUACGCACAAAUUCAGCAAUCGUCUCCGUCGCAUGAACGAAUAGUCGUUAAACCAAAUCUCUUAGCCACUAAUUUAGUUAAUACUUUAAUGAUAUCUCUGUACAUUACGCUAUUUGUAUCACUGUCGAUAUAUCCAGUUUCCGUUGUUGCUGUCACGCCCAAAUAUGAUACGGCAUACGCAUGUGAGGAAAAAACGUUGACAAUCGGAUGUGAGCCGGGCUAUGUGAUCAAUUUGAUUCGUGCAAAUUAUGGCCGAUUUUCAAUAACAAUUUGCAAUGAUCAAGGCAAUGUCGACUGGAGUGUCAAUUGCAUGUCGGCUAAAAGCUUGCGUGUACUGUACGCAAAAUGUUCACACAAGCAAAAUUGCAGUAUAUUAGCCAGCACAAACACAUUUGGCGAUCCAUGUCCCGGCACACAUAAAUACUUAGAAGCUCAUUAUCAAUGUGUAUCAGCGGCACAAGCCACAUCAACAACAGCUCGGCCAAGCCCAGCGUGGCUGAUAACAUCACAACCAAGCGUUUGGGGCACAUCAACCAUACGCUAUCCAACGACAGCCCGUAUACGUGACUUGGAUUCAUUGUCUACAGUUGACAGUAUUGUAAAUAGAAAUAAUUUUAAUGUUAGCAACAAGUCCAAUAGUGAUAACGAGUAUAUUAGUAAUAGCAAACCAAGUAGUAAUUCAAAUGAUUCGGUAUCGAAUCGACCUAAAUCUGUGACAAAAUCGAAAGUAAGCGGCACACAAAAUGCCAACCAUGAAACAUUCAAUGCAUCAUCGACUACCAAUCGAAAUAAUGAAAAUGCAUCGGUUGCGGCAGUCACCAAGUCAAUAUAUAGCAAUCAAAAUUCAGCAAUAAAUCUUAGCGGCAACAAUGCAGUGUCAUCGUCAACAUUUUCAGCGCCACCCAAAACAAUCCAUUCGGAAAACGGCAAUGAAGAUGAAGACAGCGAUAGAGCUAAUGAUGAUCGAAAUGAAGAUGGCAAUUCGCAACAAGACUUUGCUAAUACCGGAAAAACAGCCGGUGCACAGUCAAUGAACACAAUUAACAAUAAUAAUGUUUACGGCGAUGACACAAGUGGUCUUUAUUGUGGUUCGACCACAGCACGGAAUCUCUUUUGGAAUUAUACCCGAGUGGGUGAAAUCAAUGUACAACCAUGUCCGCCCGGUUCCACCGGCAUUGCCAAAUGGCGAUGCUCUGGCACACUUUUACCAACAAAAUCACAAAAAUUACCGUCGUUGGUGCGUAAUCAAAUGGCCGACGACAUCAAUGACAAUCAUAUGGAUGAUGAUCCAUUGUAUGCAAGCAACACAGAACGUGGAUAUAUGUGGCAACCAAAUACACCAGAUCUCACACAGUGCCGAAGUUUAUGGCUGAAUAGCCUCGAAGUUCGUGUAAAUCAACGGGAUUCAGCUUUGGUCAGCAUCGCAAAUGAUUUAUCACAGGUUACUAAUAGCAAAACGUUGUACGGUGGCGAUAUGCUCGUAACAACGAAAAUCAUUCAAUCGUUAUGCGAAAAAAUGACCUAUGACAUUGAGACAUUUUCCGAUCAACGUCAACGUGAAUCGGUCGUAUUGGAGCUUCUGAACAGUGUCGUAAAAACGGGAAGCAAUUUGCUCGAUGAAACCCAGCAAUAUUCGUGGAUGGACUUAAGCUUUGAAGAUCAAAUGCGAGUUGCUACAUCGCUAUUAACCGGAUUAGAAGAUAAUGCCUUUUUACUUGCCGAUACAAUAGCGGCCGAACGAAGUGUGGUGCAAAAGGUCAAGAAUAUUCUUUUAUCUGUUCGAGUCCUUGAAACACGUAAUAUUGUGAGCAAUCAAGUAUUUCCUGACAAAACAAUUGAGCAAGAGACAAAUAGUGAAGAUAGCAUUGAAUUACCACGAGGAGCUUUACUUGAGAAUAGCGAAGGUGGAUUAGUGCGCAUCGUAUUUGUGGCAUUCGAUCGGCUUGAAUCGAUUCUUCGGCCACUUGAUUCAGCCACAAACGAACCAAAAUCCUAUGACAGUGUCAGCAAUGAUGAAACAAUAGGACCGUCCGAAUAUGCUCCGGUCGCAAAAGAGAAUGUGAAUACAACACAAACGCAGCAAUCUCGUGUUCGAAUUCUCAAUAGCAAAGUGAUAUCGGCCAGUUUGGGCAAAGGGCGACACAUCCAAUUAUCUCAACCGAUUCGAUUGAUAUUGAAACAUUUGCAAACCGACAACGUUACAAAUCCAACAUGUGUAUUCUGGAAUUAUAUUGAUCAUGCAUGGUCGGAGGAUGGAUGUCACAUUGAUCAAACAAAUCGAACGCACACAAUUUGUAUGUGCAAUCAUUUGACGAAUUUUGCCAUAUUGAUGGAUGUUAUCGAUGAUACGGCGCAAUUUAUUCAACAAAUUGGACUUUUCGAUGAAAAUAUGCGCAUUCUAAUCUCAAUCAGCAUUGCCAUAUGUAUUGUAUUUGUAGUAAUAGCCCUGUUAACACUAAAGUUUUUUAAUGGCAUUUUUAUUAAGUCAAAUCGAACGACAAUUUAUAAAAAUCUAUACAUCUGUCUAUUGGUAACUGAAGUGCUCAUUUGGUUGGGUAACGUUCAAAAUGAAUCGAACAUGUUGUGCGGUUUUACAACAGCCUUUUUACAUUGUGCAUUCCUAUGCACAAUCAGUUGGAGUUUCUUAGAAGGCUUACAAUCGUACAUUGUCCUUACCACCGAGGAGAUUUUGCUAGAUGUGGAAAGUUCGUCGCGUGUUAUUUCAUAUUAUCUAAUCACGUAUGGGCUUUCGUUUACCAUAGUCGCUAUAUCGCUAGGUAUUGAUCCAAGCGCUUAUACGAUUAAAGCCGAUGCAUGCGUUUGGAUGGAACAAAGCUAUCUCUUUUAUAUUACAUUCGUAAUGCCAUGCUGCGUUUAUAUUCUGGCUAAUUUUGCGUACAUUAUAAUAUCGGUAUUUGUUUUAUGUAAAAAACAUAAAACUGCAUUGAAAAACAAGGAGCAAACACGAUUAGCCAACAUUCGAUUCCAAUUGCAUGGUUCAUUUAUUUUUCAACUCAUUUUCGUCGCGUGCUGGAUCUGUGCCUAUUUGUAUAUGGUCAAUUUGCAUCGGCUAUACGAUUCAAUUGGCACAUUAUCAACGUAUUACUACAGUGGCGCACAGGCAAAUAUCACAUUCUACGGCUAUGGAUUUGUAGUUUUGAAUAUUAUACAAGGCGCUUUCAUUAUGUGCUAUCACUGUCUACAAAAUGAACGAAUUCGUCGUGAAUAUCAGAAAUAUGUGAAAAAUUCAUGGCUGCCACAAUGCUUGCAGUGUGCUGUCAUUACGAAUGAAGAUCAACCGACUGCCAGUCCAGCGAAUAAUGCAUUGAGCGCAAAUGUAUUACUUCCAGCAUCGAAUACAUCAACAAAAAAGAAAAAUGGUCCCGAUGCAGCCGAUGUUACCGGAACAUUCCUAACCGUAUCACCAUCACAUCAUCCGCAUGGUCAAACUAGCACACUGAUGCGUCAUCAUCAAAUGCAACGUCACAAUGCGAUGCCACCGUAUUCGGGUACAUUACGUGAACAUCGAAGUGGUGCCAUGUCACCAGCCGGUUCAUCCAAAUAUGCCGGUGGCCACAAGUAUGGCCAAUAUGAUUUUCAAAAUCCCGAACUCAUUUAUCCGCAUUCAGCUAACUCACAACAGUUUCAUCAGCUACACGAUGAUCAUGCAAAAAUGAUGUACUAUGAUCGUAAGAUGGGCAAUAGUAGUAAAACAUUGAAGUCACAAGGUUCAAGCUCAACACAACAAAUGCUUUCAUCGCCAAUGAAACAUGAUUACUCGUAUUGGACGGGAACCGCCGAUCCAACCAGUUACCAAUUGAAUAAAUUGUCGCGUCAUCAAAUUGUCGACGAUUCAAUAUGCGGUGGUGGUGGCAGUGCUGAAAUGAUGCAUGCUCAAGGCCAAAAUUAUCCAUCGUAUCGAAAGAAAAUGAUGCAAUACCAACAAUCAUCAGCCAAUGCACAUUCACCAUCACAUCCAAAUAUGCGUGGCACAUUCGGAUCGAAUGGCGAUUUCAAUGGGCGUGAUAUGAACAAUCGUAAUUCAUGGUUAAAUACAAAUCCAAAUGCACGGCAUAUUAGUCGACAGCAACAAAUGAACGCUGCUUCGGUGGCUGGAACAGCUGCUGCUGUCGAAUGUAAUAAUAUGCCGCCACAAAAUUAUAAUAGCUAUGCUGAUGAAGAGCCGGUUUAUGAGGAAAUUUUAAGCACAAGAACAAAUGAAAACUGUGAUGGCAGUGAAUUAAAUGAUUAUCUACAUUCACCAACCAGAGAUAGCGACAAUUUAUUGCAAAACAUUCGAGUAGCCCAUACGAAUAGCAGCCAUAAAAUGGAUGCAAUUACGGCACAGCAACAACAGCCGCCUCACAGCAGGUCUGUGCAGUCACAGCAAGAACCAAAGCAUCCGCCACAAAUUGGCCGCAAUAUAUCUGCAAUGUUGAAUGAAAAUAACACUGUUACGUGUUACUUGGAACCACUACCCAAUUCGUAAUUUAACACAAAAUAGAAAUGCUAAACAAACAGAGAUAUGGCGACGGUGAAUGCAGAAGAAGAAGUGGAACAAAUGCGUUUCAUCAAAUCGGUUUGAAUCGGUGAAACAUUGGGAUUUUAUUCACAUUCAUUUUGUAUGUUGUUUAAUAGAGAGAAGAAGAGAAAUAAAAUUAUCAUUCCUACAUGAGUUCACAAACGGACUAUCUCACGUAAUCAUAUGGCAUACACGACUUUCAAGAAGAAGUACACAAAUCAAUUCUUAAACACAUAGUACACACUCACAUAAGCAAACAAAAAAUUUAUGAAUUAAAUGAUUAGUCAAAAAUGAAAUACACAAAAUUGUGAAGUAAAAUAACAAAAAAAAUUAAAACAAUGCAAACAUUUAGAUUAAUGAUCCUAUGUUCCACUAUAGAAUUUUAUUUAAGUGUAAUAUUUUGUAAUAAUUAUCAUUGGAGGCAAUUUUAUGUAAUUAAACCAUUUUUAAGGUCGAAAGUUAAAAAGAAAAUAUGAAAGAAAGAGUAAAACGAAACACUCGAUACCAUUCGAUGUUAGGAUAGAAGAUGAUAAAAUCGAAAGAAUUGUGAGAUAUAGAAUGCAGCGGAGAUGACAAACUGAUAAACAAUCAUAUAUGUUUAUAUUAAAUAUAUAUAUAUAUAUAAAUGUAAAAAUAGAAGAUAAAAUAAAUAAAUCGCAGAUACCCAAAAAUUCGUCAGAAAACUAAACCCCUUUUACCAAUUGCAACUUUGAAGUAUGUCUUUAUUUGGCAAAAUUAUCAACUAUUCUUUUUUUUCAGUUCGAACUUUUUCCCCAUUGAAAGUGCUGCAAACGCAGUGUGUUAAUUGGCUUUAAGAGUUGAUUAUUUUCGUUUCGCAAAACUGACUUGUUUUUGUUUUAACAUUUGGCUAUUGUCUAUAUUUUACCAUUUCAACCAAAAACCAUAAUUCCUAUUUUCAAUGUUAGUUGAUGGUGUCCGAAUGUCUAAGAAAAACCCGUUCCAAUAGAAAAAUGUUUUGGAAUAAAAAUGUCAAUCAUAAUGUUAGUGACAGAAUGGAAGAGAAAGAGACACGCAUACAGAUCGGUGUGUUGAAGAACAAAACCAAUUUAAAUAUUAAAAAAAUAGUCGAUAUCGUUCCUGUGUAGAAAUGUUGAAAAAUAAAUGUAAAAUUCCCCUUGGUUUCGCUCAAUGUGUCCUGUUGUACACUUAGACAGUCGUUUUUUUCGAAUCUACAUAAUUAAACAUUUAAGUGUAUUUUAUUGCGAUUUAUCGCAUGGAUGAAUGAGUGAGAUAGCCAUUGUGGCAAGAGAGCAAUAUUCUUUGGCUUACAUUAACACCGCGCAAUCAAUAAAUAUAAUUUUCACGAGAAAAGAAGCAACCAAACGAACACCAUUUCUUAUCGAAACUGUCACUUUUCACAUUAAUCAUGUGUGUGAAAUUUACAAAACAAAAAAACAUGUUAAAAUACAAAAUGAAAUAAAUGGAUUUGAUUAAAACGUA